UCUACCGAGUAAAAUUUAUAAUAAACACUUAAAUUCUGCGUGCCUCUUCUUUUCUUGAAAAAAAUGCGUGCCAAGUCCAGUCAGACACGCUCCCAUCCUGAUCGAUGGUAGAAAUAUAUAUAAUUUUCUAUGUACGUUUGGUCGUUGACGGCGUCCCUGCUGGCCGGCCGGCCGGCCUCCUCAUCAUCUUCAUUAAUUAUUUCUCCGUACGUAUUCCAAAGGUACAGUUAAAAUUAAAAACAUGCCAGAAGCAGUGAAUAAGGCAUCUCAUAAGGGAAAGAUAUGGAAACUGUUGCCAAAAUCAGUUGCCUUCCCACAAAGCCUACGCCCAGUGUUUAGCCCCCGCAGCGGUGGUGGCCACACACAUAGUAAUAAGAGGACAGAGGCUGCACAUCAUCAACACCUCAUGAAGAUGACGAAGAUCCAUUGCAAGAAAGGAUUUUCCGGUCCGGUCGUAUCCAUUAUUCCGGCAGACGCCCGAAGAAAACCGACUACCCAGCAGCAUAGGCAUGGAGAACCAACCUCUCCCAAAGUUUCAUGCAUUGGUCAAAUCAAGAUCAGUAAGAAGAGGCAAGAAGAAGAUAAGAGUAGUAGUAGUGGUGGCAGCCGUGAUAAGGAAGACUUCGGCAGGUGGUCUCUUGCGACAACCACGCCGCCGUUUAAGGAGAAACCCUCUUCAUCCUCCUCCUCCUCGUCUUAUUCUCAUGUUGGGAAACAUGUAUUAUAUCACGGAAGGAAAUCUGAUGCUUCGGCUGACAAAGGGACGCCAAUGGGUUUGGGUCAGAUCAAGCACUUUGCGAGCGGCCGAGAGAUAUCGAUGCUGUCUGAAUUCACUUGUCCUACGCGGCAGGCGCAAGCCCGUAGUGGGAUAGUAUAUUGUUCAGAUGAGGAAGAAGAAGAUCAAGAAACCACAACAAUACCACCGACAAAGCCGCCGCUGCCGCAACAGGAACCAAGGAAGAAGGAAAUUAAUCUGUGGAAAAGAAGGAUCAUGGCUCAACCAAAGCCUCUUCAUAUCAUCCAUUAACACCUCCACCCAUGCAUGAUCUGUCGGCCGGCCAGAUGGACCCAAACAAAUUGAACUCGAUCAUAAUAUGAUGAUGACAACGUUUUGGUUAACUGGCCACCUCCAGAUAGAUCAGACAAGCAAUUCGUUCGCGCGUUUCCUCGCCUAAUAUAGAAGUGCUUAAUUUCAUAUUAAUUUAAUCCCAUCAUAAACUUGGGAAGUUUACCUAUGUUAAAACAGGUUGUGUUUAAGCUUUCCCUAAAUAUGACAACCAACUUAGCAUUAGUUUGUAUCACCUUAUUCAUGUAUGAAUCUUAUUUAUUCAAUUGAGUUUCUUUCUUUAUGACCAAAUAA